UUUUCCCGGGAAAAAAAAGUAGGUUCCAAAAUUUUAGAAAAGUUGAUUUUGCAACCACCUCGUCUUCAACCGUUUUCCGUCUCUCUCUCUUACAUUCAUCUAAAUCUGAGAUUUCAAUAUCUGCAUCUGAAGAAGUUCUGGAUCCACUAACAUUAUUCUAUUUCCAUUCUCUCCUUUUAUUCUUCGUAUUUUACACAAAACUCAGGUCAGAUCAGAUCAGAUCUUCACCGCAUUCGAUCCAUAAUGGCAAGAUUGGAGAGUUUGAUCGGACUCGUCAAUAGAAUCCAACGAGCCUGCACUGUCUUGGGUGAUCAUGGAGGCCAAGGAAUGUCCCUCUGGGAAGCUCUUCCUUCGGUGGCCGUCGUCGGAGGCCAGAGUUCCGGGAAAUCGUCGGUGCUGGAAAGUGUCGUUGGAAGAGAUUUUCUGCCUCGUGGAUCUGGUAUUGUUACAAGGAGACCAUUGGUGUUGCAACUACAUAAGAUGGAAGGGGGAACUGAAUAUGCAGAAUUUCUUCAUGCACCAAAAAGGAAGUUUACUGAUUUUGCUGCUGUGCGUAAGGAGAUCCAAGAUGAAACAGAUCGUAUAACUGGGAAGUCUAAGCAGAUCUCUAAUAUUCCAAUUCACUUGAGCAUACAUUCUCCAAAUGUUGUAAACUUAACACUAAUAGAUCUGCCUGGGUUGACAAAGGUUGCCGUGGAAGGACAGCCAGAGACUAUUGUUGAAGAUAUUGAUAACAUGGUCCGUUCUUAUGUUGAGAAGCCCAAUUGCAUUAUAUUGGCCAUUUCUCCAGCAAAUCAAGAUAUUGCCACUUCUGAUGCUAUAAAGCUUGCAAGAGAAGUUGAUCCUAGUGGUGAAAGAACAUUUGGAGUGGUAACAAAACUCGAUCUGAUGGACAAGGGAACCAAUGCCCUGGAUGUUCUUGAAGGAAGAUCAUACAGGCUUCAACAUCCCUGGGUUGGAAUUGUGAACCGUUCACAAGCUGAUAUCAACAAGAAUGUUGACAUGAUUGCUGCUCGUCGAAAGGAGCAGGAAUAUUUUGAAUCUAGCCCAGAGUAUGGACACUUGGCACAUAAAAUGGGCUCGGAGUAUCUUGCAAAACUUCUAUCCCAGCAUUUGGAGACUGUUAUCAGGCAGCGGAUACCAAGUAUUAUUGCUUUAAUAAAUAAGACAAUUGAUGAGCUUAAUGCUGAGUUAGACCGUAUUGGCAGGCCUAUUGGUUCAGAUGGAGGGGCCCAGCUGUACACGAUUUUAGAAAUGUGCCGUGCAUUUGAUCGUGUAUUUAAGGAGCAUCUGGAUGGAGGGCGACCAGGUGGUGAUCGGAUUUACGGUGUUUUUGAUCAUCAACUACCAGCUGCUUUAAAGAAGCUCCCAUUUGAUCGUCAUCUUUCUCUACACAAUGUUAGGAAAGUUAUUGCAGAGGCAGAUGGUUAUCAACCGCAUUUGGUUGCUCCUGAACAAGGAUACAGGAGAUUAAUUGAUGGAUCUCUUGGCUAUUUCAAGGGCCCAGCUGAAGCCUCUGUUGAUGCUGUACACUUCAUUCUGAAAGAACUUGUAAGGAAAUCAAUUGCAGAAACACUGGAAUUAAAGCGAUUCCCAUCACUUCAAUCUGAUAUAGCAGCUGCUGCAAAUGAAUCAUUGGAAAGAUUUCGUGACGAAAGCCGGAAGACAGUUUUACGGCUGGUGGAAAUGGAGUCUACUUACCUGACAGUAGAAUUUUUCCGGAAGCUUCAACUUGAGCCAGAGAAGAAUUCAAAUCCAUCUGGUCCAUCUGGUCCAAAUUUGGACCGAUACUCGGAAAACCAUUUCAGGAGGAUAGGAUCAAAUGUCACAGCUUAUGUUGGUAUGGUUUGUGAUACACUUAAGAAUUCUAUCCCCAAGGCUGUCGUUUAUUGUCAAGUCCGAGAGGCCAAGAGAGCGCUGCUCAACCACUUUUAUGCUCAAAUUGGAAGGAGGGAGAAGGAGCAACUUGGUAAAAUGCUGGACGAGGACUCAUCACUCAUGGAAAGAAGAGAGACAAUAGCCAAGAGGCUUGAGCUGUACAAGUCAGCAAGAGAAGAGAUUGACUCGGUUGCGUGGAAGUGAUUGAUGGAUGCCCAAUCAUAAUUGAAUGAUCCAAACCAGGCAGGUGUAUCUCUAUCUUAACAGGCUAAUGGAUAUAUUCUUUUUGUAUACACAAUAACGAAAGGUCACACGUACUCGAGGAGCUUGGAGUUGGGCCGGCAUAAUUAACGUUUUUUGUUCCAUUGUUCCUAAUUGUUUUGCUCUUUUUUGAUUCAACAGCAUUCUGACUUCUACUGUGGAAGAUGUGCACAGUUUAAUGAUUAUUAUCAAUGGUUUUGCAUUCAGUUAA